AUGGCACUGGCAGAGUGCAAGGAAAGCGACAGGAGUGUCGUCAAACAGGGGCGUCGACGCACCGAGUCAACGGUGCAACGCUUCGCCAAAACUGCAAUCGGUGAGGGAUUUGACCUCUGGGAUAGGGACUACCUUUUAGGUGCGAUGCGGCUCUUUUUGUUUAAGGGGGAAACGGCCCCACCGUUUCAGGUCGGUCCGUGCAUGGAUGCCACGGGGGAGAUUCUUGUUCAGAUGGAAGAGUACGAGGACGCAGGGGAGCAGUUUACGGCGGCGGCGGCGAAGUACGCACUCAUUCAACAGCCAGGGCUGGCGAAGUUGAUGGAGAUCAAAGCUCUGGAGUGUUCAAAGGGCCCCAGAGCGGCCUUGGAUGAAGUGACGGCAUUUCUCUUACAACAAACUACAGCACCUGAUUUUUCUGGGAUGACACCUACACUUUCUCGAAUACAUGCAUACAAGGCGGAGCUGAUGUUAAAAACAGCAGCGGAUUCGGGUACGAUGGAGAAGGCUGUGGACUUGGCGAAGACGGCAUGUCAAGUUGGCUGGGAUCGUGCCCAUACUGCCUAUCUCAUCUUGGGUGAUGGGUUACAGACUCUUGGCCGUUUGGAGGAGGCGUGUGAAGCGUACGCGAAUGCCGUAAAGUUCAACUCUAAUUGCAUCGCAGCUCUGGAACGUCAAAUGGGGGUACUGAAACUCUUCAUCAAUGACACUUCGGACGAAUCACGGUUGAAGACGCUGCGGAAGGAGCUUCUACAGCUGCUAGACUGCGCGAUUGCACUUCACCCUCGUCCCACGUUGCUUCGGGAGAAGGCCUUUCUGCUGAGUGAGACGGAGGGCGACGUCGCGGCGCUUCAGUUUCUCGAUCCGCUUAUAAAAAAUCCCCCGCCAGAGGAGGCCGAUGCGGCGGGAGGCGUUGCAGGCCAAACUGUCGCAACACUUCUUAAGGCAAAGGCCGCUAUUCUUGCGGAUGGCGGCAAAAUGAGCGAGGCGCUACUUGUCGCGGAGGCCGCAUUACGGGAAAGUCCUGGCGAUGAGGAGGCGGCGGCAAUUGUCGCAGAAUUGCAGCAGGCCAUGUAG